GUAACGUCAGAAUUUCUGCAAAUGGGGAUCAGUAGGCGAUGACUUACAGGACAUGACAAUGGUUUAGCUGUGUACAACGACCAAUUAUUUUCAACCAAGGCUUUUACAAUGGAACAAAACUUUUCUCAGACUAAUGCACUUCGUCGUGAUGUCAACCCGGUCAGGGCAACUAGCCAAUGACAGCACAACCGAGGCAACUUCACAGCCUGAAUGAGGAAUCCGAUCGACUCACUCGGCGUUCAUUGGAUUGGUCUGGUUAAGGAAGGAAGAUGGCGGGUCCUGCAAAAGCGCCAAACCCCUAUUCUUCUAAUUGAUAAAUACACUAACCCUGUCGCGUAUUUGUUAUAAUUAAUAGCACAAAUAUUCGAGUAUUGACAUCAUGAAGAGAAACAACACCUGUCGGACGUAACGGCUAGUAGGACGGCCGAGAAAAGGCCGGCGAAAUGAGCGAGAACUAUGCCCGCUCUGUGUUGAGGGUGUCGGUAGCUCAGAUUUGCCAAGUGCUGGGCUGGGAUGCUGUACAGCUAAGUGCUUGUGAUCUGCUGUCCGAUGUUCUGGACCGCUAUAUUCAACAGCUGGCCCGAAGCUGCCAUCGCUAUGCCGAGCUGUACGGCCGUACGGACCCGGUACUGUCGGACAUCGGCCAUGCCUUUGGGCUGCUGGGGGUGAACCUGUCGGAGCUGGAGGACUAUGUGAACCACUUGGAGCCUGUGGCCUUCCCCCAGACCACGCACCUGUUCCCCGUCGCCAAGAGCAGCACGCUGCAGUUCCCCUCACCUGGUGAGGAGAGACGGGACUACAUCCCCGACUACCUGCCGCCCCUCGUCUCCCUGCAGGAAGAUGAGGAAGAGGAGCCAGUGCCGGUUGCCAUGGGUACCUCUGCGGAAGCCAUGCAGGUGUCUGUGGAAGAGGACGACGGCGGCGAAGAAGACUACGACGAAGAGGCGGAGAACGCCGAAAACCGCCCCGCCAAGCGCGAGGCGGACGAGGCCUUCCCCCUGGGCGUCAUGCCGACGGCCAAGCGUCCGCGCCUCGGCCUGAGCAUCAACCCCGACUCCAGCCCGUGGACGUCGGAGCCGCGUGAGCCGCUCACCUUGAUCAACCCGCAGCUGCCGAUGUCGCCGUCCUCUCCACCGCUCUCGCCCGCCCCGACCCCCGCCGGCCGCCCGGGCCGCCUUACCUUAAGCAACAUGAAGGAGAAGAAAAAAGAACUCCCCAGAGCCCCAGAGGGGGGCAUGACGCCCGCACAUGAGCCAGAUGGAGCUCACCGCCCCGCUGGGGCCAGCCAGCCAGCGGCACCCGACAGGGGUCCUGGAGGUCGGCCCGGCGGGUUGGCGCUCUCGGACCUCCACCUGCAGCGAUCAUCCAUACCCGACCCGCGGGGCCUUGGACAUCGGGUCAAUCCUCGGCCGGGAGUGAUCAGCGAGGCGUCGCUGGUGGCGGAGGGCUUCGGCCACCACACUUCUGACCCCUCUGACCUCCCGUCGGACUCGGACAGCGACUCGGACCCGGGGCUGUCCCUCUCGCACUGCUGCUGGGCAAACCGCGAUUGGCGUCGGCGUAGAACUCCCACCGCCGACUGGCUGGCCUUGGCGCCCGGCCCCGGUAUCUCCAUGGCGACGCCCUCCGACCCCUCUGACCUGUCCUCGCCGCCACUCUCGCCCCCGACCCCGCAGCCCCUGCUGACCUCCCUGACCGGCGCAUUGCCGUGGCAACGGCCACUGGCCCUGGACGAGUUCCCGGGCGGCGUGGGCGCCGCGUCGGCCAUGCCCGAGGGCAAGAAGAAGAAGCCCAAGAAAGAGGCCAAGCUGAAGGUCAAGAAGCUGGGCAAGGACAAAGGCAAGGUCAAAGACAAGGACAAAGGUCACGACAAGAUCAAGAGCAAGGACAAGAAGAAGGACAAGAAGAGCAAGGACAAGGAGGGCAAGCUGACCUGGAAGGCCAGCCUUGACGGCGGCGACUCCUUCAACAUCGCCCGAUGGCGAAGCAACUUGACGUGGCGUACGGCUCCCUCUCGAUGUGAGGGAGCGGCCUUGAAAGACAAGCACAAGGACAAGAAGAAGGAGAAGGACAAGGCCCGCAAAGACAAGGCCAAGAAGGAGAAGGCCAAGGAGCGCGCCAAGGAGGCCAAGAAGAAGAAGAAGAUGUCCGCCGAGGAGCGCGAGCACGAGGCCUCGAUGGCGCUGUUCGGACCGGCCGCCUGCCUCCUCAUCCCCUCCAUCCCCCACCUGGCCGCGAUGCCCGCCGCCGCGGCGACCGCCUCCGUCGCCAUGGAGAAAGGACCCGGCGGGGCCGACAAGGGCCUCAAGAGCAAGGAGAAGGAGAAGAAGAAAGACAAGAAGGAGAAGAAGAAGAAGAAGGAGAAGGAGAGAGAGAAGGAGAGGGAGAAGGAGAGAGAGAAGGAGCGGGGGAAAGAGAAGGAGCUGGAGAAGGAGGAGAAGAAGAAAGGGAAAGAGAAGGAGAAGGGUGGAAAGGCCAAGGAGAAGGCCAAGGAGACGGC